AAGCAAAAGCAGGUGCGGCUGUUCACUUCCCGCGUUACGCAUUUCCCGCUUUCCUCGCGAAACCCUAAUCUCAAAAAAUGGGGACCAAGCACAACUCCUUGCCGGAUCUUCCCGACAGCAAAAAGCGACGCCGCGCCGGAGUUUCCAAUACUGGCGAUGCUGGAGUCGAAGCCAAUGAGUGCAUCAAAAUUUAUUUGGCUUUUAGCAAAGAGGAAGUGGAUUCUCCAAAUAUAUACCAAAUUCAACCCGUUGAUGUGAAUCACUUUUUUGAAGAUGAGAGGAUAUACGGCUACCAGGAUUUGCAGAUUACAGUUUGGCUUAGCGGCAUAUCCUUCCAUGCAUUUGCCGAGAUUUCUUUUGAGAGCUCAUCGGAUGGAGGCAAGGGUAUAACAGACUUGAAGGCUUCCCUUCAGAAUAUGUUUGCUGAGAAUCUUGUUGAGAAGAAAGAAGACUUUCUACAAACAUUUUCAUCUGAAGGCCAUUUUGUGAAAUCCAUUGUCUCCAGUGUGGAUGUAUUGCAAAUAGAUGCAUCUGAUUGUAGCACUGAGGAAUCUAAAGCUCAUCUGCGAGAAAAUGUCGAGGUUUUCCAAGUUCGCGGUGCUGGUGUGGGGCCUCUUUAUGCCCGAUUAGUGCCACUCGUUCUUCUUCUAGUAGAUGGUAGCAAUCCUAUCGACAUAACUGAUCCGAGUUGGGAAUUAUACAUUGUAGUACAGAAAGCAACCCAAGACAGUGACAUGCUAUUGGUUGGGUUCGCUUCUGUUUAUCGCUUUUACAAAUACCCUGAUAGCACACGAAUGCGACUUGGUCAGAUUCUGAUCAUCCCUCCCUACCAGCGAAAGGGUUAUGGCACCUCUCUUCUCAAAGCGCUCAACAAUGUUGCAAUAUCAGACAAUCUCUAUGACCUAACCAUUGAAGAACCAGUGGAUUCCCUUCAACAUGUGCGAACCUGCAUUGACGUGCAGCGCCUGCUCAAAUUUGCUCCAAUCAACGAGCCACUCGAUCAGGCUGUUGCACUUCUUAAGACCGAAAACUUCUCCAAGAAAAGCCAGCCAACUCUGCUUGCACCUCCGCCUAGCCUGAUUGAGGAGGUCAGGAAGAGUUUUAAGAUCAACAGGAUACAGUUUCGGCAGUGCUGGGAGAUACUAAUCUAUAUUCGUUUGGAUCCCAUCGAGAAAUACCUGGAGAACUACAAAACUACGGUUUCUAACCGUAUAAAGGCUGAUGUCAUUGGGAAAGAAUCGAAAGGCAAUGGGAAACGAGUGAUUGAUAUCCGAACUGAUUUUGAGGAGGAUGAUUCAUUUUCCAUGUUCAAAACACAGGAUAAAGAGCCGGAUAGCACUGGGGAGUAUGGCAAUCAGAAUAAUCAAGAAGAGGAGCUGAAGCAACUUGUUGAUCAAAGGAUGGAAACGAUCGAGUCAGUAGCUCGUUGUGUUUCCUCCCAAUAAUAUUUUGGUGGAAUUAAGUGGUGUAGCAGCAACAAGAUCUAGCAGCAGUAAUUGAGUUGUAGCUUCCAUUCCAUAUGAGAUUUUAGAAAUUGCCCAUUUCUAUGAUUCUUGUCUUUUACAUCUUAACUGAUACACAUAUAGUCGAUUGCUAAGGCCUCUUUCUAACAUACCUAAAUCAUUUUGCCUUCUUGGUUACAACCAAUCUUACAGAUUCAUUUUCUCGAACUGUACACAAGAGAAAGUGCCGAAUUUGUACUAAAACUCCUUAAAUCCAUCCUUGAAUUGAAAUAAAUAAAAUUCAAGUUUUAAAAUGCACCGACAUGGUAAAGCAAUCAAAAGUGUAAGACUGAUAACCGAUUUCUCUAUUCAUUCAUUCUAUAAAUAGGAUAUCUACCGAAACACCACCAUAAACUUUAGAUUCCAUAAAACGAUAUCCUUGGGAUUAAAGAUCUGCUCUUCCAGGGUAUCUUGGGAAGGGAAUGACGUCCCGAAUGUUUUCCAU